AUGUGGCUCCACAAACUGACAUUCCUUCUUGCCAUUUCCCUUCUCGCAAUCACAUGCUUAACUUUAAUUAACGGACAAGAGCUCACAGUCCAAACUUUACAAGGAAAAGUUAAAGGUUACAUGGCAAAUUCCAACACAAAAGCUUUCUUAGGUAUUCGUUAUGCCGAAACUACGGGUGGUAACAAUAGAUUUAGACCUCCUGUUGAGUUGGCCGAUACUUCAUCUAGCACAGUUACAAAUGCAACCACUUAUGGAAAUAUUUGCAUUCAACAAAGUGGUGAAAAUGUGUAUAGUCAACCAGCAAGUGAAGAUUGUUUAUUCUUGAAUAUUUGGACUCCAGCUGAUGCAUCUGCAACUAAUCAAUAUCCAGUCAUGUUUUGGAUUCAUGGUGGUAAUUUUAUUUACGGUUCUGGAAAUAUCUAUGCUGGAGAUUAUUGGGUCAAGUUGAGUCAGGAUAAUAAUGUUCCAGUUGUUGUGGUUACCAUUAAUUAUAGAUUGGGUGUGUUUGGAUUUAUGACUGAUUCAUUGUUUGGUUCUGAAAAUGGCAGAACUAAUACUAAUUUCGGUUUGUUGGAUCAAUUGACUGCAUUGAAAUGGGUCAGAAAGAAUAUUGCAAAUUUUGGUGGUAAUCCAAAUAAGAUUACCAUAUCAGGAGAAUCAGCUGGUGCUGUUUCAAGUGUUAUUAUGCUUACUAGUCCUCUCCUUUACAACACAUCAAGUUCUUAUUAUACUGAUAUUAAGGGAGCUAUCGUUCAAAGUGGUACUUCUCUCAGGUGGAAUAUGCAAAUUCAACAAAGUACUGCCCAAGGAUUUGGCUCCAAUUUGAAAACAUUCUUUGGAUGCACCACAGCAGCAUGUUUGAGAGGAUUGAGUGCCGAUUCUUUGAAUAUCUAUCAACAAUACAAUACCUCUGACAAAUUUUCACCAACAGUUGACAAUUAUGUUGUCUUGAGGGAUAUUUUCGAUUCGUACGAUAGUGGACUCUAUAAGAAGGUCAAUCUCUUGAUUGGUGUCACAAGAAAUGAAAUGAACGGUUUCACAUGUGGAAUUCUAUCAAAUUCCAUUUCAGACACUCAAAUGAAAGGUGUUUUUACUGGCUAUUUUGGACUUUCCAAGAUGCAACAAUUCUAUCCUCAACUUGCAAAUUAUUACACACAGGCCAAUUAUGCCAAUAAUUUGGCUUACUUGAAUGAUAUCUUGAGUAAUUCAAAUGUUCAAUGUAAUACUAGAUAUUUGGCAGCAACUGUUUCACAACAAGUUUACAAUACCUAUAUGUAUACUUAUGAUCAUUUCUUUUCAUACACUCCUGCUUGUCAGAAGAGUGCCCAUGCUAUUGAGCUACCAUUGCAAUUCCCAUAUCUUUUUGGAAUUAGAGGAGCUGUCAAGGUUUACACAAUGAAUAGUGAUGAAGCUGAGCUCUCCAGACAAUUGAUUGUUUAUUGGUCAAACUUUGUUUCUUCAGGAAGUCCAAAUAAGAAUGCAAAGAAUUUAGUCAACUUGAAUAAUCAAACCUACUGGGAACGUUACACAACCUGCAAUGAUACUCAAAUUAUUCUUCAAACAGGAGGAAAUGUCUUGAAUAAUACCAUGUAUUCGAAAGUUUGCCCAUUCUGGAAUCCAUUCGAUGAGGUUCCAACUAUUACUUGUAAUACCACAAAUCCAGGACCUUCUCCACCAACUCCAGAAUCCUCUACACAACCAACUCCUCAAACAUCAUCAAGCAGUCCAUCUAAAAACACAACCAAUCCAACAACUUCUGGAAAAACAGUUAAUGGAACUGUUUCUAAUAAGGUCAAUGAGGGAAUUUCAUCACAUUCAUUCUCUGCUAGUUUAUUAUUGGCUUGUAUUGAAAGCAAAGUCCAACAAUUCAAACAGAAAAAAAUCAAAUCAAACAUGUUUUCUCUCGAAACUCUUUUCGAAAUAUCACUUUAUGGUUUUAUUUUCCUUGCAGUCAUUGCAGGACUCAUGAUUUACAACAAUGUCUCCAAAGUUAAACAUUUGAAAGGUGUCUGGCAGGUUGCCACUCUUCCAAUCAAGAUUCCAUUACUCUCCACCUAUGUUUACAUGUCAGGUGAGAGAGAGCUAUUGAAACAUAUUGAAGAGAAGGGUGAUAAAGAAGCUGGCUAUCUUAGAGUUUCAAGUAUGUUCCUCAAUGAGCUCUAUAUCACAAAUAGAAACAUGUUGAAGGAGUUGUACGUUACAAAGGCUCAUAAUUUUGAGAAACCAGACUAUGCCUACUCAUUGUUCAAUAUUUUCGGUGAGAAUAUCUUGUCAGCUCCAAAUACAGAUAGAUGGAAGAAACAUCACAAUAUAUGUUAUGCUGCAUUUUCAUCAAAGAAUUUAGAUUACAUGUCCAAAGUUGCUACCAAAAGUGUGGAUAUGUUGACUGAACAAAAAUGGGAUCCUGAAAUUACCAAAAAUGGAAGUUUUGAUUUCAAUGCUUUUGCUGAUUUCACAGAUAUCACUGUUGAUACUUUAGGAAAGGCAGGAUUUGGUGUUUCAUUCUCCAUUUUCAAUGAGGAAGGAACAAGUGAACAAGACAUUCAAAAAGGAAGAAAAUUGAGAGCUGCCACAGACACUGUCAUUUCCUUCGCAACUAUUAUUAAGAGAUUUUUCGAAUCCACACCUCAAUUGGAGAAGUUAUUAUUGAAAGUUACUGGAACACAAGAAGCCGUUGAUUAUUGUAGUGAAGCUCUUGAUACACUCAUCAAGCAAAGAAUUGAGGCAAAUAUCGAAACCAAAGAAUUGACCGAUACAGAACUCAAGUCUAAUAUUAUGAUCUUUUUGCUUGCUGGAACAGAGACCAGUUCCAAUACCUUACAAUACGUUGCCUAUGAAAUGGCAAAACAUAGGGAAAUCCAAUUCAAGAUGAGAGAUGAAAUUGACAGAGUUUUGAAUGGAAGAUCACCAACAUUUGCCGAUUAUGAGAAAUUCGAAUAUGUAAAUGCUGUAAUAAUGGAAACUUUGAGAUUGCACAAUAUUGUGAGAAUUGUUUUCAAGCAAGCAUGCAAGAGUAAUGUAACUAUUGGAGGGUUGAAGAUUCCAAAGGGAACUUCUGUCAUUCCAAUGUUGAUUGGUUCCCAUUUGAGUGAAAAGAAUUGGGAGAAACCAACCGAAUUCAAACCAGAAAGAUUCUUGUCAAAGGAAGAUAAGGACAAACAUCAAACCGAUUUCACCUUCACUCCAUUCAGCAUGGGUAAUAGAAAAUGUAUUGGAUACAAGUUUGCAAGUAUUGAAAUUUGCAUGGUAUUAGUCAGGCUCUUACAAAAUUAUGAAUUUGAAUUGUUGAAUAAUGAAGCAAUUGAUCCAGUCUAUGACAGCUAUGGAAUUACUCACAAACCUGAAAAUCUCAAGCUUCGUGUCACUAAAAGACAUGACUAA